UCUCAACCAGCCACCACGGCGAGGCCCGAUUCAGCGGUCAGGGUUCGACUUCAAUACCCCGCGGACAUUACAAAGUCACUCUCCCAAGCAAUUUCUUAUUUUCGCCGCCUCGCAUAACCUCGUCUGUCCUACGCAGGUCCACCCUCACUGUCGUAGUCAUGCCUCAUCGCCUCUAUCUGUUCGUCGAUAUCCAACACUGUUUCUUCGAGUGGCCAGAUCCAGCCAACCUUCUUCCGUCACCUGAGGUCUAUCUUCCUCGCUGGGAAAAACUGCUGGACUCUGCGCGCGCUUAUGCGGCCACGUCAAGGCAAGCACAAGGUGCAGCCGAAUCCGACCACCUCCUCAUCGCCCAUGUGCAGCACGAGGAGGAGGGAGACUACGGGUUCAAGCGUGAUACCCCAGGCUGGGAGCUGCAGUUCCCACCCCUGCCUGGAGAGAUGCGGCUGCACAAGGAGCACCCAUCUGUAUUCGAUUCGAAUCCAUCGCUCGCCUCGUCGCUGCGUGAAAAAGGUAUUACGCAGCUCAUCAUCGCUGGCGCCCAGAGCGAGAAUUGCGUGCAGGCCGCCGUGCACAGUGCGCUGAAGGAAGGCUUCCAGGUUCUAGUGCUCAGCGGUGCGCAUCACACUUUGGGAGAGACGCUGGAGGAGGCCAACCGAAUUUCACAGCAGAUCGAGGACGAGCUGAGGAAGGAAGGCGCAGACAUCGUGCAAUGGGAUCAGUACAAGUGGUAACUAGGAUGGUACUGUCAAGGGAGACGCAGUUUCUUGUUGCUCGAGGUGGUUUCCGGGUCACAUUUGGGAAGGGGAAAAAGAUUGUGUGGGACACACUGGAACGAAUGCUCAAGGCCGUACAAUACAAAUGGUAAUGCUAUUCAUCGGAAUGUUCAAUUGUUGACCUUUCAAGCCUUAUAACACGGAGUUGUAAUGCUCGCGCAAGUCGCUC